GCUGCCGGACCGCCGCAGUUUUCGCGCGGGGCGGGUGUUGUCGUUGUCGCGUCGCAACUUUUCGCGCGACCGAAAGAGAGAAAGGUUGGAGUUACCGUAGGGGGGAAGCUCGUCGUGCACGGAGGACCGCGCGAAAAUGCCGCCGAAGAAGCGGGAGAAGGAUCUCGACGGGCAGAAGGGACCUCGUAUGGAUCAGAUCCAGGCCGACCACGAGCUCUUUCUGCAGGCCUUCGAAAAACCAACGCAGAUUUACCGGUUCCUCCGCACAAGAAACCAAAUUUCACCAAUAUUUCUAUACAGAAAUUUAACGUAUAUGCGGCAACGUAUGUCCAGAAGUCACAAGUCACGGCGAGGAUUUAAGGCCGAAACAAUUCUGGAUAAAUUACUGAAAAAGCAGGAACAGAAUUGCGGUGUUCGCGGAUACAUGACUCUUACGUUUUUAGGAUUUUACGAUAAAAGAGUUGAAGUAUCGCAGGAGCCUGUCAAAGUGGAAACAUUGUUGCUGAAAAUCUGCCAUAAGAAAAGAAAAGACGUUAGCUCGCCUGUCAUGCAAGUUUCAGUCGGUACGAGUGAGGUCCCAAUCAAUCCUUCCGAGAGUCAGCCUCCAUCGAAGGCAUCCACGAUUUCCAUACCCAAUGAAUCCUUCAGCUUAAAUAACGGUCAUAUAGCGAAGACUUAUAUGCUUUUGCUCAGGGUUUACUGCAUGUCUAACAAUGGCUGCCUUAUAACUAACUGUGAUUUAGAAGAACCAGCUCAAAAGCGUCGUAAAUCGUCCUUGGGUGCGAUAAAGGUCAAUGGCGAAGAAGUGAAACAGUAUGGCUCGGAGCUUACUGUGUAUGACAAGCACAAUCGAUGCCUGUUGACGGACGGCGAGUAUGAGUUAGGUUUGCAGGAAGUACAGACCAAUGUUAGAUCCAGUCCUAAGAAACAUAGUUCUUGGGAAACUGUGGCCGACAUCAAAGACUGCGAACCGUUCGACAUGUUCAGGCAAGGACCGACGUUAAAAUUCCGGCUCAGUUGGACGAUGGAACCGAGCAACGGUCUGGUGGAUAGACCGAUGCCGAUACCUCCGAUACCGAGCGGCGACAAUAAAGAGAAUCGAUCGGCCAAUGCUGGUUUCGAACGUUCAUCUUCCGUAAAUCACAAUAACAAUAGCACAAAUAAUAAUAAUAACGCAACACUGCCAACGCCUAGUCCGCUAACGCCCUCGUCGAGAAUUAGCAUCUCCAACGAGAAGGUGGACGCUAACGGAACUCAGCAGAUAGUCUAUCAAUUUUUGUACAACAAUAACAGCCGGCAGCAGACAGAGGCCUGCGAAGAUCUACACUGCCCCUGGUGCUCGUUGGACUGCGGCAAACUGUACUCGCUUCUAAAGCAUUUGAAGCUGUGUCAUUCGCGAUUCACAUUCACAUACGUGCCAAUUCCACAAGGUGCCCGAAUUGACGUAGCAAUAAACGAAUGCUAUGAUGGACCAACCAGACGUACGAGCGUGACGAAUAUCGUGGUGUGCCGUCCGAAGAGAACGAAGCCAAGCCUGUCCGAGUUUCUUGAACUUGACGAGAAUGAGUUUGAAAGUCAGAGGCCUUAUAUCACCGGCCACAACAGACUGUAUCAUCACACUGUAACUUGCCUGCCUAUAUACCCCAAAGAAAUGGAUAUCGAUUCCGAGGGUGAGAACGACCCUAAGUGGCUGCAAACAAAGACAAUGAUGAUGAUCGAUGACUUUACGGAUGUGAACGAGGGCGAGAAGGAGCUGAUGAAAAUGUGGAACCUGCAUGUGAUGAAGCAUGGAUACGUGGGAGACUGCCAGAUACCACUAGCUUGCCAAAUGUUCUUAGAGAAUAAGGGGAAGGAGUUGCUUAUGAAGAACCUCUAUCGCAACUUUGUAUUGCACAUGUGCAGUCUGUUUGAUUUUGGACUAAUCAGUCCGGUGAUACUGUACCAGACCAUACAGAAGCUGCAAGAAAUCAUGAAGGAGGGCGGCGAGGAUGGGGAUGUGCGUAAAGUGCUGCAGAAAUCACACGAGUCUCAGGUGGAGCAUUGGAUGGCUACAGGUGCGCAUGCACAUUUAAUGUACGACACAUCCAAAGGUGGUGUGACGGGCGGUGUUAAGAUCAACUUCAACAACGACGGUUCCUCGAGCUCGUCGUCGAACGCCAGGCGAAAGACGACAACCGCCUCCAUGCCGUUGGCCUCGCCCAACUCGCAGAAUGCCAAGAUGCACAACAAUAUGCAUAACAUCAGUACGUAAGCACAGAAGCCAACAUAACAUGACGUGUGCCGUUGCCACCGUCGUCGAGGAGCAAGACUGUCAUUCACAAUAGUUCGAUGCAAAAUUCCGUUGUCGGGGCGAAUCCCGCCCUUCCAUCGUUCUUCGGCGGUAUAAUCUUCUCCGACGCGGAGCAUCGCAAGCAAGAUUAUGCCCAACGGUGUAUUCAAUCGGAAGGUAUAAGCACGCCGUUUGAGCAGGCGGUCGAACGAUCUAUCCGCAAAAGUACAAACUUUGUAGUGCAAGUGACGAAAAGUAGCAGCGCGACGCGAUCCCGUUGCACCGGUUGUCAAUGCAAGCCGGCGAGAGCGCGAGUAUCAUCGAGUACCAGUGAAAACUGGUCCUGGACGCGAGCAUGGCGACGAACAACAAUAACGUCGCCGCAUCCGCUAGCCAGAAGCCGUCCCCGAACGGAGGUAGCUUCCAGUAGCUACUCAUCAAUAGUAGUAAGAUCGAUUUCGCGCGUUUUUAAUGCAAAUUGCAUCUUCUUUUUUGUACAGUAUUUGUUGCAAGUAAUAUAGACAAUUAUGCAAUUGACAUUAUUGAAUAAACCGGAUGAUUAUUGUUUUAACUGUUAAAUCGAUAUUUGAGAUUUAAUUUAAAGCUUAUGUGAAUGAUUAUUAUGAAUCGAGAAGAGAGAUAAUAGGGAAGAUAUCUGGCGAACGAGUUUAUUCUGCUCGCCUCUGUGUCGAUGAUUCCGAUUGCGAACAAUAAAGCACGAUGCUUGCUAAACAUGCGAAUUUUAUCAUACUUAUUCUUCAUUUCUUUUUUUUCUAGUCAGUGGCGGUUUUUUAUUAUUUCAUUUUUUUAAUGCUUUUAUUUACGUAACAUUUCCGGUAAAUUCUGGUAUAUCUGCACAACUGAUCUGUGAAACUCAUAGCGAAGCAGCUAUUCCAAAAGUAACGCAAAAUUUCAUCAUGCGCAAUUUUGUAUUGUAACAAAAGCGGAGAACAGACGAUCUCAGAAUUUGAAAAUUAAUUUUUGGAGGUAAUUUCGGCACGAUGAAAAAGAAUUUCUAGGUUCUGCAUGCGAGGCGAUCACGAGACAUCUUUUUACAUUCGAUAGAUGAUUCUUUUAUAUAGGAAAGCGCGCACUUUAUAAGCGGAUUAAUCGUAGCCGAACUUUAUAAACUUUUUAUCGCCCUGAAUUUAAUCAUUUUCGGGAAUACGCUGAGUAAAAAAAUGUUGCGGUUACAAUUUCUGAGAUUUCAAACGUGUGCAUACAUAUGUAUGUAUAAAAUUAUUAUAUAUUUUAUGUACAUAAUAUAUAACAAUUUUAUAUCUAUAUGUAUAUA